GCUACAAUGACGAGGAAAGUUCCCUUGUUCUCCCCCGGCUCCACAGUGAGCUCCGCUCUGCCCAGCUACGUCGCUCUCUGCCUCACUCUACUGGUUCACAGACUGGCAUCAGCACAGUUCACAGUGACUGGACCUGACCGUCCAAUCGCUGCCUCCAUAGGGGGGGAGGCCAUCCUGCCCUGCCACCUCUUCCCCAGGAUAAGCGCGGAGGACAUGGAGCUGAGAUGGUUCCGAUCCAAGUUCUCUCCAGCAGUGCACCUGUACCGUGAUGGGCAGGAUCAGUACGGAGAGCAGAUGCCAGAAUAUCGAGGAAGAACUGAGCUUUUGAAAGACGACAUCACCAAUGGGAGUGUUUCCCUGAGAAUACGCAACAUCCGACCCUCCGACAAUGGGCAGUACGUGUGUUUUUUUUUUCAGUCCAGUACCUCUUAUGAAGAUGCUAUAUUGGAACUGCAGGUGGCAGGUUUGGGCUCUGCUCCUGACAUCUCUGUGGAGGGACAUCAGGACGGAGGGAUCCGGGUUGUGUGUCGAUCAGCCGGAUGGUACCCAGAGCCCACGGCUCAGUGGAGAGAUCUUCAGGGGCAGGUCUUACCAUCAGCCUCUGAAAAAAUAUCCCCUGAGGCCGAUGGCCUGUUUCAAACAGAGAUUGCCAUUGUUCUAACAGAAGAGUCCAACCAGAAAGUGUCCUGCUCAGUCAGGAACCCACGUCUCAACCAGGAGAGAGAGUCAGCGAUUUCCAUAGCAGAGCUGUUUUUCCCGAGGGCCAAUCCCUGGAUGGUGGCUCUAUGGGUGAUCCUGGCUCUUCUGGCUGUUCUCAUUGGCUUGGCCAGUUACUGCUUCUGGAGGCAACACAGAGCGAAAGAGAUGCUGCGAUCUGAACUGGUGAGCGAGAAAGCGGCGCAUCGGGCAGAGAAAGACAAACUCCAGGCUGAGCUCAGGUGGAGACGCGCCCAGAUCUACGCAGUGGACGUGACUCUGGAUCCAGACACGGCUCAUCCCGAACUCGUCCUGUCUGAGGAUCGGAAACGUGUGAGAGACGAAGACACACGCCAGUUUCUGCCCGACAACCCUGAGAGAUUUGAUCGUUGUGUCUGUGUCCUGGGCGCUGAGGGGUUCACGGGCGGGAGGCGUUACUGGGAGGUGGAGGUGGGAGACAAGACUGCCUGGAAACUGGGGGUUUGUAGGGAAUCUGUGAGCAGGAAGGGGGAGGUCACACUCUCACCUGAGGAUGGAUACUGGGCCGUGGAGCUGUGGGAUGGGGAAUACGAGGCCCUCACCUCCCCCUCGACCGCCCUCCCCGUGAGCGUCAGGCCCAGCCGGGUGGGGAUUUUCCUGGACUAUGAGGCGGGCGAGGUCUCGUUUUACAAUGUGACUGACAGGUCCCAUCUCUUCACUUUCACUGACACCUUCUCCGGGACGCUCCGCCCUUAUUUCCAUCCUGGUUACAACAUUUGGGGUAAAAACGCGGCUCCCCUGAUAAUCUGCCCGGUCCCAGCUCAGGCCGGAGGGAAUCUCUGUCCCUGACAGUGACCCCGCAGCACAGACUGUCCCCUCCCAGCGCUGCUGAUCUUCCCGCCCCCAGUGGUGGGGGCCAGUUACUGCAGCAACUGGACUUUUUGUGCUGACCGGAUGCUGCCAGUUUCCCUGUUCAACUGGAGUUUCCAGUCGAAAAACAGACACCUGGGAACCCCCAGCCCUCACCUUCCCUGUCCCCUGCCCCAGGGGUAGCAGAUGGGGGUGGAUGGGGUCAUUUACCCCCUGUCAGAAUUUUCUACCCCGUGAAAGCUCAACGUAAAAUAUGAAAGAAAAAAGAUUAUUCUAAUUUAGAAAAUAUUAUUGUAACAAGGUGUAAAUACAAGAACAUUUUAAUUUACAUUUCAACAGUAUUUCAAAAACAAGCACCUAAAUGUAUUUUUAGAAUUGGAAUUAUUUACAUUUAUUUUUUGAUUCUUCCCUCAAGUCUAUAUUGAAGUUUUAGUUC